AUGGAGAUGGAUCCCCAGAGACACACAGGAGCGGCGGUGCCCGCGGAGCCGCCGCCUCAGCCGUGCCGGGCUCGGAGCCGCUCCCCGCCGCGCUGCUGGCUCAGACCCAAGCCGUGCCAAGGCAGCCUGCUCCAGGACAGCGUGAGGAGGUACCUGCAGCUGCCAGCAGACCAGACAGUGCUCAUCCUGCACGCCAAGGUGGCUCAGAAGUCCUAUGGCAACGAGAAAAGGUUUUUCUGCCCCCCACCUUGUGUUUACCUGAGCGGGCCGGGAUGGAAGUUAAAGCAGGAGCAGAUUAAAGCCAGGGACCUGGGAGAGGCUGGAUUUCGGGUGUGUGGGUACAUGGGGCUGGACAGCAUGGGCAGCAGCCUGAUGGAGACGCAGAAGCUGAGCUUUGAGGAGCAGCCAGAUGCAAAGGGGUUCAGCUGUGCCAAGGCCCUGUACAUCUCGGACACGGACAAGCGCAAGCAUUUCCGCCUGGUGCUGAAGCUCUUCUUCAGCAACGGGCAGGAGAUCGGCACCUUCCACAGCAAACUCAUCAAGGUCAUCUCCAAACCCUCGCAGAAGAAGCAGUCCCUGAAGAACACGGACCUGUGCAUCUCCUCAGGCUCCAAAGUGUCCCUCUUCAACCGCCUGCGCUCCCAGACCGUCAGCACCCGGUACCUGUCCGUGGAGGGAGGAGCGUUCAUUGCCAGCGCCCGGCAGUGGGCAGCCUUCACCCUCCACCUGGCCGACGAGCGCUGCAGCCGCAGCGAGUUCCCGCUGCGGGAAGGGUACAUCCGCUACGGCUCCGUGGUCCAGCUGGUCUGCACGACCACCGGCGUCACCCUGCCGCCCCUGAUCAUCCGGAAGGUGAUGAAGCAGUACGCCAUGCUGGACGUGGAUGAGCCCAUCUCCCAGCUGCACAAGUGUGCCUUCCAGCUGCAGGGCAGUGACCGCAUGUACCUGUGCCUCUCCACAGACAAGGUGAUCCAGUUCCAGGCAUCUCCCUGCCCGAAGGAAGCCAACAGGGAGCUGCUGAACGACGGCUCGUGCUGGACCAUCAUCAGCACGGAGACAGUGGAGUACACGUUCAGCGAGAGCCUGGCGUGCAUCCGCGAGCCCGUCAGCCCCGUGCCCCUCAUCGCUGCCCUGCAGCUCACAGGUGGUGGGGACGUGGCCAUGCUGGAGGUGCAGGGGGAGUAUUUCCAUGCACACCUCAAGGUCUGGUUUGGAGAUGUGGAAGCAGAGACCAUGUACAGGAGCCCCAAGUCCCUGGUGUGUGUGGUCCCUGAUGUCUCUGCCUUCGGCAGCGACUGGAGGUGGCUGCGCUAUCCCAUCACAGUCCCGCUCCUGCUCAUCAGGGACGACGGCCUCAUCUACUCCAGCUCCUUCACAUUCACCUACACCCCAGAGCAGAGCUGCAUCCCAGGGCAGCAGGUCCUCUCUGAUGUUCCCCAGGACUCAGACAAAUUACUGGACAGCAUCCACCAGGAGUUCACCAGGACCAACUUCCACCUCUUCAUGCAGACCUAG